UCUUCCCACUCUGAUCGCAUUGAAACCACGACACUGGCUUGAUUGAUACCACUUUCCGGACUAAGACGUCUUUCAAAGAAAUCUUGGUGUCAGGACAAACGUGUUUAUGCUCAUUUAGCUUAGUUUUGUGGAGCUGGAUGGAUGGCUACAAACUUCGAACAAAGAGCAUUUCUUCUUUCCACAUGCUCAUAAACCUCGACACAGAGAGUUUUAGUCAAGUAAAUUGACCAUUGUGAUUGACUAAAAGUUUCCGGAUAGAUCCGUCUGCUGCGCGUUGAAACCUUUCAAGUGAUCUUAGCUUAGCUUAGCUUACUUUGACUUGCUAGCUAGCUGCUAACAAAAAGACGGCAAAUUAAGUAAGACAUCGAUCAAGUGUGUCUUGCGUUGGGAAAUGUGUGCGAGUCAGUCGCUCAUGGAAAAACUUUCUGGAACAAAAGAGGAGGACGAGCGACAACGCCAACAACUCCUGGGCGUUGUUGUGUACAAGCAGCUUCGAGUUGUGUUACACAGAGCAGACGUCAGUAAAAAACGUCUUCAUUCUAAGCAACAGCAUCCGGAUUCCCCUCACGCUAAAGAGAAAGAUGAGAAGGAAGAAGGACCAGAACCUGCUUACUCUGAAGAGGAAGACGAGGAGGUCCAUAGCACCAAGUUGCCAUUCCCUUGUGUCAUUGUGAAGAUUGAAGGUGACGAGGAAGAGGGAGAAGGAGACAAGCAAGCUGCUCCACAAUCACUUUGUGAUGACAAAACAUCACACCCUGCUGCCUCCAACAACGAACACUCCAAACGUGGUCGGACGUGCCAAAAACAAGGCAGCAAAAAACCCAACAAGAAAAGCUGGAAAUGUUCUCAAUGUGGGAAUACAUUUGGUUCAAAGUGGGGUCUGAAAGUACAUUUCAGAAUGCACACUGGGGAAAAAACUUUUGAUUGCUCAGAUUGUGGUAAAAGAUUCCCUGCGCAGGCACAUUUGGAAGCACACACAAGAACACACACUGGGGAGAAACCUUUUGCCUGUUUAGUGUGUGGUCAAAAAUUCUCCAAAAAAGGCAACCUACAACGGCACACCAGAAUACACACAGGUGAAAAACCUUUUGCCUGCUCUGUUUGUGGUAAGAAAUUUGCUGCCCGAGAAACGUUGGGAAAACACAAAAAAAUACACACUGGGGAGAAAGCAUUUGAAUGCAUGGUGUGUGCUAAGAAAUUCCCAGCCCAGUCACAUUUGGAAGCACAUGCAAGAAUACAUACUGGGGAAAAAGCUUUUAUCUGCUCAGUUUGUGGGAAAACCUUCUCUCAGAAGGGAAACUUAAAAAGCCACACAAGAAUACACACUGGGGAGAAACCUUUUGUUUGCUCCGUUUGCGAUAAAAGAUUUGCCAAUAAGGAACAGUUGAGAAGACACACAAGAACACAUAGUGGCGAUAAGCCUUUUCCUUGCUCAGUUUGUGGGAAAGGAUUCUCGACACGGGGUUAUCUAAAAGCACACACAAGAACACACACUGGGGAGAAGCCUUUUGUUUGCUUAGUUUGUGGGAAAAAUUUCACUUUUAGAUUAUCUUUGAUAGCACACAGAAGAACACACACAGGUGAGAAACCCUUUGCCUGCUUAGUGUGUGGUAAAACAUUCACUUUUAAGAUAGCAUUGUUAACACACACAAGAAAACAUACGAGGGAGAAACCUUAUGCAUGUUCACUUUGUGGUCAAAGAUUUUUCGCAAAGAGAAAUUUAGCAACACACAUGAGAACGCACACUGGAGAGAAACCUUUUCUGUGCACGGUUUGUGGUAAAGGAUUCUCUACGCAGGGAAAUUUAAAAGCACACACAAGAACCCACACUGGGGAGAAACCUUUUGCCUGUUCAAUUUGUGGUCAAAGAUUCAUUCAGAAGGGAAACUUGAAAGUCCAUGCAAGAACACACACUGGAGACAAACCUUUUGCCUGUCCAGGCUGUGAUCAAACAUUUUCUCAGAAGGGAUACCUAAGCAAACACAUGAGAAUACACACAGGAGAGAAACCAUUUGCCUGUUUAGUUUGUAGUAAAAGAUUUUCUUGGAAGAAUCAGGUUAAGAAACACCGGUGUGGUGGUACGAAGAGCAGCUGAUGAUCAUGGAAGCUUGAAAUGGACUCAAUACAGUGGAGUGAAAUGGAAACGUUUUAACAGUGAUUUUGUUCUGAUGUGAUCCUGAUGCAAAAUAAAAACCUUUUCACUUUCA